UGAGCGAUUUGGUGGUGCACUACGUCCGUAGACGUCUGCCUUCCUUGACGUCAGGAGAAGUCUGAGCGCACCCAGCGCUGCGCACAAGCUCAGCAACCACAUCGCUCCCAGAGGAAAGCGGAGCACUGCACAGCUACUGAUCGCCAUUUAGACAUAGUGUGGCGAAUCCGAUCAGCAUUAUAGGAUGCCUCUUGGAGAGGACGGAAAUGGAUGGAAAAAGAAGACAUCAGACAUCAAGGAACAUUAUGACUUCAAAGAAGUGCUGGGAACCGGUGCUUUCUCUGAGGUGGUUCUAGCGGAGGAAAAAAGGACUCAGAGGCUGGUGGCCAUCAAGUGCAUCCCAAAGAAAGCGUUGGAAGGCAAAGAGAACAACAUUGAAAAUGAGAUUGCGGUCCUGCACAGAAUCAAGCAUCCUAAUAUCGUUUCGCUGGAGGACAUCUUUGAGAGUACAUCUCAUCUAUAUCUCGUCAUGCAACUGGUAUCUGGGGGAGAGUUGUUCGACAGGAUUGUGGAGAAAGGUUUCUACACAGAGAGAGACGCUAGUCAGCUCAUCCACCAGAUUUUGGAUGCUGUUAAAUAUCUCCAUGAUAUGGGCAUCGUCCACAGAGACUUGAAGCCUGAGAAUCUGUUGUAUUACAGUAUGGAUGAAGAUUCCAAGAUUAUGAUUAGUGACUUUGGACUGUCAAAGAUAGAGGGAGCGGGAAGUGUCAUGUCCACAGCCUGUGGUACUCCUGGCUAUGUGGCCCCUGAAGUGCUUGCUCAGAAACCUUACAGUAAAGCGGUGGAUUGCUGGUCCAUAGGAGUUAUUUCAUACAUCCUGUUAUGUGGAUAUCCUCCGUUUUAUGACGAAAAUGAUGCCAAGUUAUUUGAGCAGAUCCUGAAGGCAGAGUAUGAAUUUGAUUCUCCAUACUGGGAUGACAUCUCAGAUUCAGCCAAAGACUUCAUUUGUCACAUGAUGGAAAAAGAGCCUUUGAAGAGAUAUACAUGUGAGCAAGCCCUCCAGCAUCCAUGGAUAUGUGGUGACACAGCUUUGGAUAAGAAUAUCCAUGAAUCUGUCAGCGCACAAAUAAAGAAGAACUUUGCCAAAAGUAAAUGGAAGCAAGCAUUUAAUGCAACAGCAGUGGUGCGCCACAUGCGGAGGUUGCAGCUGGGAACAAGUCUGGAGGGACCCAGUCAGAUUACUCCCACUAGCCCGUGCCAUGGACAUCUGCUCCCCGAGGAGGAGGUGGAGGAAGAGGAGGAUGAACUAGGAAAUGAAGAGGAGAGCUUGUCCCAUUACGAGGAUGGUCGUCGUGGAAGCAACGAGGGCAGCACGGAUCGGGACAGCCUGAGAAGCUGCACUUAUUGCUGCAGGCCAACCAGUCGCAUCUGAGCACAGCCCCAUGUUGUCAUGGUGACGUUGUCUCCCUGGAGCACCCAGAGCCAAGCCACCCAGUCUGGGCAGGAAUACAGAGUAGAUAUUAGGCAGUGUCCACCAGAGUACAUCCACAGCCUGCAGGCCACUUCUGUUGUGUGGGCAAACCCACAGAAGGUAUUUGUCUAAGACAAGACAGAAGGCAAGUUAUAGCUUUGUAGCAGAAGGGAGUGCAAGACUGCUUCAAACAGGCAGAUGGCAUUUUAUUUUAAAAGUCUAACCUCAGUAACCCUCCCCUCCUACCAGUGAAACUUGUGAAACAGUUGAUCUUUGCGCCGCCUAAGCAAAGUGCAGCCAUUUGGCCGUGUGUAGCGUACAACAGUUGGGUCAAGAAGCUAGCUGUCAUGCUCCCUCGUGGAGCUUUAAUCAAAGAAUAGGCCUAAAAGUGAAGUCCUGCAUUAUCUCUGUUGUCCCAUUCUCUGUCACAUCUACCUCUGAUCACAGUUAAUGUGUCUGCACCCACCUUGCCCACACAGUCUUCGGUGCUGGCAGCUUUCCCCAAAAAUCUGAC